AAAGGAAGGAUAUCUUUGCACAAUUCGUAGUAAGUUCGGUGAUAGUAAACAGCAAAUAUGAAAGUUCUGGUCGUUCUUGGCUUUUGUUUUGCCGUGGCUUCAGCUACCCCUGCAAAACAUCUAAAUUUGGGACCCCUGAGAAUAUCGUAUAGAGAACCAGUCCCGGCCGAGAGAUCGUAUUAUGGAAAAUCCUACGACCUAGGCACCCUCGGCUUCAGAUACUACGCGCCUUAUUAUUACGACACGCCGUAUUAUGGUUAUGGCGACGGCUACUACAAUAAUUACUACACUAACCGUUAUUACAAGACUCCUUACUACGGUGACAAGACCCAGUAUUAUGGUGACAAGACCCAGUAUUAUGGUGAUAAGACCCCCUACUACGGUGACAGGACUUACUACGGCGAUAAGACCGAUGGAUAUACGACAUACAAGCAAUACAGAAACCCUGGCUACUUGAGACAACAAGACGAUGAAGAUGACAACCAACGUUAAAUUAUCACUUCCUACUACCAUACAUCUUCGAAUCAUGUAAUAAUGUGAUGUUAAAUAUUAUUGCUAAUAAAUAGCGAAGCUGCAAAAA